UCAUUUCCUCUGAAUAUUUUCCCCCAAACAGCUAACAGUUUCGCUACAUUGCACGGAGAAUCGAGAAGCAUUAAACACGGAUUUAUUUUCAGUUUUGCAUCUACAAUAAGUAGACAGGGUCUGCAGUCAGCACAAACAUGUCGCACACAAUUUUGCUUGUCCAACCAACCAAGAGACCCGAGGGCCGCACUUACGCUGACUAUGAGUCAGUGAAUGAAUGUAUGGAAGGUGUUUGCAAAAUGUAUGAAGAGCAUCUUAAGAGGAUGAAUCCAAACAGUCCCUCCAUCACUUAUGACAUUAGUCAGUUGUUUGACUUUAUUGACGACUUGGCAGAUCUGAGCUGUCUUGUGUACAGAACUGACACUCAAACAUACCAACCAUACAACAAAGACUGGAUCAAAGAGAAGAUUUAUGUCCUUCUGCGGCGUCAGGCUCAGCAGGCAGCAAAGUAAAGGCAUCAGUGUGGAGUUGUCUGGCUACACACAGUUAGGAGUUUAUACUACACUGUAUUUCCACCGCUUCUUGAAGAUCUUUGUAUAAGGACACCAUUGUCAGUUUGACAUGGGGGGGGGUUACAUAUAUUUUGCUGUACAUGUGGAAAUGAAGGGUUUUGAAAAUGGGGGAAAUAAAUUUGAGGCUUUAUAUAGAAAUAGUCAUGUUCUGCAGCAUACCUAGGUUUUGUAAUUUGUUACACUAAGAUCACAAGCUGCAAGGACUAACUUAUUGACUGAGGGAUUCGUGCUUGGCAAAAUGCUCCACGGGUUGGGUAACAACUUUUUUUCCCUUUCAAAUAUUUAGUAGUGUGCUUACUGUUUUCCUAAAAGUGAUGUCUUUUUUUUUUAUGUGCCUUUACUGGCCAGUUGGAUUUGAACAUGCUGUGGAUUUUGAAUGCAGAUGCUUAAUUUUUGAAUGACAUAAAUGUCUCCAGACUGAUGUAACAAAUCCCAGAAGAUUUAUUUUCCAUAUUUUAUCUAUUAUUAUAAUAUUGUCACUAUCCUACCAUCAUGAUAUAAAAUGUUUUGUUUUA